CUCAACAGCUGCACAGUGAGGAUUCUCCAAGUAGAGCAAAUAUGAUUCAGACAAUUGAAUAGGUGAGCUGUCCACCAGCAACGCCUUGUGAAAUGAAGAAGCAACCCACACAAACAGCUUAGCUCACUGACUCCGGUCGCACGUAGUAUCAGUAUCAUUAUUAAUCCGGAAAUUCACAGUUGGUAGGUAUUGUUUGGUGAGUUUCUACAGUUUCAAGUCGGAGUCGGAGACAACAGAAAGUGCAGUUUUGCUAACGUUAGUUAGUGUCGUUAAGGCUGCGAGCGAAUUCGUGGCUUUUACUCAGCUCGGUUUUUUAGCGACGUUAGCGUGUCGUUGAGUUUGGGUUAAGUUUGGAAAAAAAAAAAACAAAAAACAACAGCAACAAAAAAACUGGCGUUAAACAAAUAAUUAAGCACCAACGUUCCUAACAGUCUGGACAGUGUAUGCGGCAUUGUUGCUCCGCCCUCAGAGGACAAUGCCCACUCACUCCCUGUUGCCGUUUGUGGAGAGCCCAGAUGGACUUGCCCAAGACAUUCUGAUUAGCAACAGUGCAAGUAUCCCAGGGCCUGGUUCUAGCAUGACACCACACACCACCAACUCAGAAAAGGCUGUGUUGCAAUCUGGAGGAAGUGUACUGCUAUCUUGUAUGUUCUGUGAUCAGACUUUCACUCAUCAGGAUGAGCUUGGACCCCAUGUAUUAACACAGCACCCCACCACUUUCUUUGAACCCACCGUGCUUCGAGUGGAAGCAGAAUUCAGGAUCCCAGGAGAGAGAUCCCGGCCCAAACCGAGCGGCCUCCCUACUGAAAAAGAUGAGGUUCACAGCUGCAUUGUGUGUGGCCAGGUAUCGCAAGAUGCCAGUGAGCUGGAGACCCACAUGAGGAAGCACAAGGACUACUUUACGUACUGCUGCAAUGUCUGUGGACGGAGGUUCAGAGAGCCGUGGUUUCUUAAGAACCACAUGAAGAUGCAUGUAAAACCAGGAGCAAAGAGCAAGGCCCAGCAAGACCUGGAGACCCCGGCCACAAUCAAUGGCAUCGUCCAAGAUCCAGUUUCAGAGCCUGUGGUCACUGCUUACAAAAUGUGCAUGGUUUGUGGGUUUUUCUUCCCUGACCAUGACAGUUUGGUUGAACAUAGUAAAGUACAUAAUAGAGAAGUGGAGCAUGGCAGAGAUAAAGACAAGGAGAACAUGGAUGCCACUACUGAAUCCCUUGCCAAACAGGAAACAUUUCUUCACAGUCUAAACCUUCUGCCUCGUUCUACAGGAAAUAGUUUGCAACAUGCGAGAUCAUCAAAAUGGAUUCCACAAUUAGAUCCUUUCAACACCUAUCAGGCCUGGCAACUUGCUACAAAAGGCAAGAUAGCAGUUGGUCCUAAUAAUUCAAAAGAGACUGGCCAGGAAGCAAGCACAGACAACGAAGACUGCAACUCUGAUAAGGAGGAGUUGAGUAAUAUUUGGUCUGAGGGCCAAGGAGACAAGGCUGUGAAAGAGGUCCUUGGGAGAGAGCUCCGGUCUCAGCAGCAGGCUGCAGCAGAAAACCCAGAACCACAGCGGAGGUCUCUGAUGCAGAAAGAUAAGGACAAAGAAAGGCCAACCACUUGUGAGGAAUGUCAGAGAACCUUCAGGACAUACCACCAGUUAGUCCUUCACUCCAGAGUGCACAAGCGUGAGAGAGGCGGUGAGGAGAGUCCGACUUCUUCUGUGGAUGGAAAGUUGUCCAGAGUAGGCUCACUGGAGCACGCAGAGGACGGCUCUGAGGAGGGCUUUGAGGAGGCAGCAUUGACAGAAAACCUUGGUUCAGGUGAAGACGGUUUUGACCGAUCAAAGGUCAGAUCAAAAGAAUGCAGUUACUGUGGCAAAUCAUUCCGAUCAAGCUACUACCUCACUGUUCAUCUGAGGACUCACACAGGUGAAAAACCGUUCAAGUGUGCUUACUGUGACUAUGCUGCGGCCCAGAAGACAUCACUGAAAUAUCACCUGGAUCGUCGCCACAAGAACAAACCUUAUGUGGAGAUCUCCAGCAAACCUGUGCCUUCAGUGCCCUCUCCCAGCGAUGGAAAACAGGGAAAUGACAAUGAAAAUCCUGUCCCAAACCGAUCCAAACUCUGGGUUCCUGGAGCCCGAUCGUGCACCAGUGGAACACCAGAAGAUAAAUUGGAUAGCGUAGGUAGCAAGCUUGACAAACCAGUCACUGAGAUGAAUGCUGAGCAUGAUAAAUUAAUUGCUAAGUCUGCUUACUCCCCUACUGAUAACGUGCUCAUAAAGUGCCCCGCACCUGUUAACCUGAAGAUAAAACAGGAGGAGAUAAAAGAAGAAAACUCUGAGGCCCCAUUAAAUCUGUCCUUAAAAGUGUCUCUCUCCAUCCCUGCCAGCGCAGAGCCCAGAAACGCAUUAAGUCCACUUGCCUGUUCUUUUUGUGCGUAUAAAACCAUGUACCCCGAGGUUCUGAUUAUGCACAAAAAGCUGACUCAUAAAGACAAGUCAGACGGUACCAAAAAGAACGGAUUUGGAGGCAGUUUGAAACAAAAACGUUAUACAGGCUGCCCCCCUGCGCUCGACGGGAAAGAUGUCAGCCCACUGCCGAUGAUUGACAGGCCCCACCCUCGUCGAACCAAAUCACCACCUCCUCAACCUGCCAAACCACAAGAGAAGACACCUAGUAACCCACCACCUCACGGUCCUAAGCGGUCCCCUAUCCAUGCACCUGUACGUGAUGUUGUUCAGGAAACCCAGAAUUUUAGACAGAACAUUGAUUCACAUCCCAGUCAGGAAUCCUCUAGGUAUACAGAGCUCAUUAGGAAAUCCAACACAGGCAGCAAGUAUGUAAUGGACAGACCAGCCCCCCCCGACAGAUUGGGAAUUGGUGAGAGGAGUUACCCGGUUCGAAGUGGCGUCAUGUGGCACUCGGAAGCCGCCAGACUGUGUCUGUCAAGCCGCUUUGGGAGCCUCCCCCAGAUGGAUUUUGGUGAACCUUCCAACAAGAGACUGAAGUACUCGGUGCCUACAGGCAGGGAAGCCGACAUCGGUGAGAAGCCUGGCUUUAGAGGACCAGCAGCGGAUGGAUCCAGCAGGCUGAUGAUCUCAGGGAGAAGUGUGAAAACCACAUCACAGGGGUCGGGUCCCUCCACGGUUCCUGAGAUGCUGGGUCCUGUGAAGAAUACAUCGACAGCUAUCGGAGGAAGUUUGGACACUGAGUGGAGCAUGAUGAACCUUCUGCGCCCCUACACACCCAAUGACCUGGCAUCUCUCUAUCACAGCACACCAGCUAACCCCAGUCAUGGAGGACUGUCCAACCCAAGAGCAGGGGGCAGAGCUGUGCUGUACCAACACUUACCCACUCUGCCCAACCUGCAGAGGAGAGACCCCACAGGCCCGUUCCCUAAUCAACGCUAUGGGGCCACUGACAAAAGUACCUAAAGUGGCACCAAGGUAACAGGUUGAAAACUGCUUUGAAAUUCAUACAGAAGGGCUUCCUUUUUUGGGGGGGGGGUUUUCAAACUCAGACCAAAAUCUUUGAAAAGUUUUACCUGGUACUUGAUAUAAACGAAUCAAGUUUUAUUAGAAAAGUAUUUUUUUCCCUCUCUCUAGAUUGAACUGUGCUGCUACCUUAUUUUGGAGAACUUUGGAAAAUUUGUUCAAUGUACAGAUUUAAGAAGAGAGAUGGUUUGUGCUCAGAAAGUGUCUAGCCUCCCCUAAUUUAAUAUUUUUUUCAGCAGAGGAAAAUUUGUGUUGCAUAGACAUUUCAGGGGCUCAGGCUCUCAGUGUCCAUUUUUGCUUUUUUGAAUGAGAAAGUGCAGAAGAUCUCUCUGAAGAUAUUAAUCCACUGGUGUGCACUGUGAUACUUUCUUUUUCUUUUUUCACCCAGAACUGUUGUGUAAUCCAUUUUGACCCACACUAAUGUCCAGAUACCAGUAGCAGUAAAAUGUGUAUGUGGAAUAACAAAAGUAUUGUGGGAUAAUAUAAAUUUAUCUGCAAGCUUUCAGUACAUGACAGUUGUAUUAAGUAAAAACCUAAGAAGAAAGAUUUGUGUGGAAAAAAUUGCUGCUCUGUUCACUUACUGUUGAUGUCCAAGCAGUAAUUAAGCACUAUUCUGUUUGUUUGCUUUUUUUUUUUUUUUUCCUUUUCCAAAGCACUGGAGGGUGGGGAUUUUCUGUCGAAUAACUUGAUGGCUUCGGCCCAGUGGUUUACAAACAGGCCACGAUAACAAGUCCUUCUGUGUUUGUUGAAGUGGUCUACCUCAUGUUGUGCCCUAGACACUGUUAUUCUCAUUAAGCUGCUGUAGCAAUCGUAUCAGCUCAACCCCUUUGUCUAGUUGUGUAGUGACCAGAGACAUGCUUUGAGUCUAACUAGAGGGACAUGUGUUUGUCAGGCAUCAGUAUUUGUCAGGCGCCACGUAAAAGCUCAUGACAAAAGAGCAGCUACUACAUGCGCCUUAUCGACCAGUGGCACAUGAUUAAGUGUAAAACAAUUUGGGUUGUGGAUUUCUUUGAUACACUCGGUCUUUACAAGCCCAGUUUUAAACACAGAACAGAUUUCGUGGUCAUUAUUUAUCCUUUUGAAAUGGCAAAUGGUUAUCAUCUGCUUUAGUGGUGCCUGAAAUCCAUAAGCUGUGAAAUGUACCAAAUUUCACGGAGUUCUGUUUGUGUGUUAAAUAGCCAUUCUGUUUUUGUUUUUGUUUGUUUGUUUGUUUGUUUUUGGGCUGCACAUUUAGUCACUGUUCAGGAGCUUGCUUUUACUAUGCAGAGUCUUGAAAGUGGUGUUUUGUUUGGAGGGACAGCAGUCAGUCCCAGCUGAUCAUAAAGUGGCCUUUUAGAUGUCGUAUGACUGUGGUUUGGGGGGAAAAAGGAAAAAAAAAAAAACAAAAGCAGCUAUGUUGAUUAAUGACUCAAUUAAUUAUACACUGUGAACAGAAAAAAAGCCUCAGGUUAACCCAUAUUUACAAGCAAGUUUAGUCUGUUGUGUAAUUUAGUAUGUUUUGCCACUUUGAAAGACUUUGGUUAAGUUAUUUGUUUUUGUUUGGUAUUCACAUUACAUGUGUACUUAUGUAAAAAUGAAAAUAUUGUUUGAUAUUUGUAUGACACAUUUCAAUAAUAAAGUGAGAUGCGAAGA